GUGUGUGUGUGUGUGUGUGUGUGUGUGUGUGUGUGUGUUAAAUGACAAAAAUUGUUGCGUUAUGGGAAAAGUAUCCACAGUGUAACUAAAAUGAAGAUUCUAAACAACCAUGAAAUACGGAUCGCCGAACGACAACUUCAGAAGCAUAUACCAAAAAGUUUAAAGGUAUGUGGACAUCUGUUCGCUCUGAACAGAACCCAAGGGAGUAGGCAUACUGUGGAGAUCUGUGUGGACGCCUGGCCAGAGUUUAACCUUAUAGUCUGCCGUCCCCAAACCGAGAACAAGAAUGUUCCAGAGAACACGAAAUGGGUUUCAUUGUUCUGCAAUGAUGAGCAGAUUCUAUCGAAUAUGUUAAAAGAAGAUGAGAUCAUUGACUGGAGUGGCUAUUGCAUGCUUGCAGGAAUAGAUGUGUCCUACAAUCAAUUGUUCAAAGAAAUAUCCUCUCAAAGAGCCAGCAGCUUCCGGGGCCUAACGCGUGUGCAUCUAUUACAUUUGAUCGAUUUGGAUUCCCUGCUCUCAACAGAACACAGUGAGGAUCACUUUAGGAUCUCCUCUUUGAACGACUCCCAUGUUGAGUUAGUCAACACAACUUGGAAAUUCGGAGGGGAUGAGAAUGGAAUAAGGCGCAUUAAAAAGAUGAUUGGCAACUCUCCCUCAUGUUGCAUCGUCGAUGACCAUGGACAACCCGUUUCCUGGAUUCUACUGUAUGAUUACUGUGCCAUGGGCAUGCUUCACACGCUACCAGCACACAGAGGAAAGGGCUACGCCAAAGCCCUGGUGAGCUGCAUGGCCCGGAAACUCCAUGCCCAGGGCUUUCCUCUUUACUGCUUUGUGGAGGAGGAGAACGCAGUGUCCUACAAGCUCUUCAAGAACCUGGGCUUUGUUGAAGAUCCGUCAUACAGGGCUGCCUGGUGGGAAUGCAACUUCUGAGGAUACAACUUUUUUUUUUGUAUUUAAGCAUUGCUCUACUUCAAUCACCUCAAUCAUAUCAUGUCAAGAUUACGUUGGGUUUCUGAAACGGCCAUCAAGCGGUUCACAUUUCACAAGCCUUAAUCAAGGUCAGAUUGUAAAGGCUGCUGUAAAUUUCCAACCAGCUCUGGAAUCCACCACGCUGUACAUUGUUCUGUUUGACUGUGGUAUCUGUUAACCACUGAUCAUCUGAAAUUCAUCAUACAUUGUCGGAUCCUCAAGAGACCGCUCCUUAACAGCAGACCUACGUAUAUUAAGUUGGAAGUAAAAUGUUGAUUAAAUCAGUAGUUGAACUUGAAGCCAUCAAGAGGAUCUGGAGGGGAAGACACACUCCACUUUUUAACUCCAUGUCAGGGAUUGACAAUGCUCCUUGUACACUAUAAAUAAAAUGGCAUUCACUGACAUGAAAUUGACAUAGAAAUAUUCCAGUUUUGAAAUGAAGUCAGCAGUAAAGACCUCAGACAUUGAAAAUAUUGGAUUUUAUUAACUUUUAAUAUUGACGAAUUUGUAUAAAAAUAUAUACUCUUGAAUAAAAGACAACUUCAUCUCUCA